CAAGAAAAUGGUAAACAAAUAAAAAAAAAGGGGAAGUACUCCCAUGAGAACUACACUACCCAUAAGCCAUUGCCGCACUCACGGAAGUUCUUUUCUUUCUUUCCGCCGUCUCUGAGGUCCCUUUCGGGUCUGCAUCGGAGGUCAACAUGGCAGCCCUCAGACCCUUAACAAGGCCCAAGAUUGUCAAAAAGCGAACAAAGAAGUUUAUUCGCCAUCAGUCUGACAGAUAUGUCAAGAUUAAGAAAAAUUGGCGUAAGCCCAGAGGUAUUGACAAUAGAGUACGCAGGCGAUUCAAGGGUCAGAUGCUAAUGCCCAACAUUGGUUAUGGUAGCCAUAAGAAGACCAAGUACAUGCUGCCCACCGGCUUCAGGAAAUUUCUGGUACACAAUGUCAAGGAGCUCGAGAUCCUCAUGAUGAGUAACAAGACCCACUGCGCAGAGAUUGCUCACAAUGUCUCUUCUAAGAAAAGGAAGGUGAUUGUGGAGAGGGCCGCUCAGCUCGCCAUAAAGAUCACAAAUCCCAACGCCCGGCUCAGGAGUGAGGAGAACGAAUAGUCUGGUUGUUCAUAAUAAACACGUUAUAAUG